GCGCCAGUGUUUCGAUUUACGGUGAGUAUAGAAAGCAGUGACAGGAAGAAACGAAAGUGAAAAUGUGAACAUAUUAUUCGAAUCCGAAUGCAAGAUAUCGUGGUGGCUCUCGUCAUUUAGUUAAUCAUAAAAUUAAUAUUUGUUACCUUGGAACAUUUUGUAUAGACUACGGCGUAGUCCUACAUCAUUAUCUUGUGCGCAGCUCCGGAGUUAGUGGGCUUCUAAUGAUAAUAGGAACAGGUCUGCGAGCAGCGCUAAAAUUGCUAAAUUGAGACGACAUGUCUAGGAUGUUUCCCGGGAUUAAACGGUUUAGGCACAAACGCACUUUAUUACUGGUUCCAGUUCUCGCUUACAUGGGCCUGCGCUGGAAGUCGUUCAUACCAAAUUGUUGGCCUUGGCUGGAACGCAUCUGGAGAUUUAUCAUGCCAAGUUAUCCUAGUCCGAAUUCCCUUCCCAGAGAUGAAGUGGAGAGUCAAGAGUCUCAAGUAAGUGUAGUAGUGGAGCCUUCUGAUUCCCUUCCCAGAGAUGAAGUGGAGAGUCAAGAGUCUCUAGUAAGUGUAGUAGUGGAGCCUUCUGAUUCCCUUCCCAGAGAUGAAGUGGAGAGUCAAAAGUCUCUAGUAAGUGUAGUAGUGGAGCCUUCUGAUUCCCUUCCCAGAGAUGAAGUGGAGAGUCAAGAGUCUCAAGUAAGUGUAGUAGUGGAGCCUUCUGAUUCCCUUCCCAGAGAUGAAGUGGAGAGUCAAAAGUCUCUAGUAAGUGUAGUAGUGGAGCCUUCUGAUUCCCUUCCCAGAGAUGAAGUGGAGAGUCAAGAGUCUCAAGUAAGUGUAGUAGUGGAGCCUUCUGAUUCCCUUCCCAGAGAUGAAGUGGAGAGUCAAGAGUCUCAAGUAAGUGUAGUAGUGGAGCCUUCUGAUUCCCUCUCCAGAGAUGAAGUGGAGAGUCAAGAGUCUCAAGUAAGUGUAGUAGUGGAGCCUUCUGAUUCCCUUCCCAGAGAUGAAGUGGAGAGUCAAAAGUCUCUAGUAAGUGUAGUAGUGGAGCCUUCUGAUUCCCUUCCCAGAGAUGAAGUGGAGAGUCAAGAGUCUCAAGUAAGUGUAGUAGUGGAGCCUUCUGAUUCCCUUCCCAGAGAUGAAGUGGAGAGUCAAGAGUCUCAAGUAAGUGUAGUAGUGGAGCCUUCUGAUUCCCUCUCCAGAGAUGAAGUGGAGAGUCAAGAGUCUCAAGUAAGUGUAGUAGUGGAGCCUUCUGAUUCCCUUCCCAGAGAUGAAGUGGAGAGUCAAAAGUCUCUAGUAAGUGUAGUAGUGGAGCCUUCUGAUUCCCUUCCCAGAGAUGAAGUGGAGAGUCAAGAGUCUCAAGUAAGUGUAGUAGUGGAGCCUUCUGAUUCCCUUCCCAGAGAUGAAGUGGAGAGUCAAGAGUCUCAAGUAAGUGUAGUAGUGGAGCCUUCUGAUUCCCUUCCCAGAGAUGAAGUGGAGAGUCAAGAGUCUCUAGUAAGUGUAGUAGUGGAGCCUGAAUCCAUUCCCAGUGGAGAAGUGGAGGUUCCGGUUCUCAGGUCAUUUGAUAUUGAAGACACCGAUGAAUACUCCUGCAUGUAUGACUCGACAUGGGAGGAUCAUCCAAAUGAAGAAACAAGUGAAAGAAGGACCAAACAUUCAAAUAAGUUUAACAGAUUCAGAAGUGCAGCAAGGGAUAUGCAGAAGUACAGGCAUGAUUAUCCAGGGCAAGGAUCAAAGUUGUACUUUGGCGGGCAACAAGAUGAAAUGCCUAAUUUACAGUUCUACUGUGGACAAAUACCCUCCUCCCCUGAUGGUGUCUUCAUUGAGGACUUUCACAAUAAAUGGCACAGGAAAUAUUCAAAACUGGAACAAGUUCACUCAUACAUCCAAUGGUUGUUCCCACUUCAAGAACCAGGAAUGAAUUAUCAAGCCAAGGAACUCACCAAGAAGGAAAUUGAGGCUUUCCUUGAAGAUGGCACAGCAAAGCAGAGGCUGGUCGCAUCCUACAAGCUCAUGCUGGACUUCUACGGCAUAGAGCUGUCAAAUGACAUAACAGGGGAAGUGAAACUUGCGAAUAACUGGCGUGAGAGAUUUGACAAUCUGGAAAGAAACACACACAACAACCUGCGCAUCACCCGCAUCCUGAAGUGCCUGGGCACUCUGGGGUUCCCCCACUACCAGGCCCCACUGGUCCACUUCUUCCUAGAGCAGACUCUUGUCAAAGACAAGCUGUACAAUGUGAAGGAAAGUGCCCUCAACUACUUCAUCUUUGCUGUCAUUGAUAAGCAAGAGCGCAGGAAUUUAGUUAAGUAUGCCUACGCGCACUAUGAGCCCAAACAUGAGUUUGUGUGGUGCCCCAAGACAAUCCAGAGUAUAUUUAGGGAAGAGACAUUCCCAGAUUAUAAAAACUCAAUUGAUCUUAAACAGGUUAACAUUGACAACACUGCCAGUUAUCGGCAAAACGAUAAUGCACAAUCCAGUUAUGGAGCUUCUGAUAGAGGUAGCUCUAUAACUACCUCCAACCCUAGUCAACACCCCACCAUCGAUUCUCCGAAGCAAUCAGAUUAUCAACCUAGCAGUGGACAUCUAGAGGGAAAUACUAAUAAUUGGAGAAAGAGAGCUGCAGAUAAGCCAACAGAGCAUGAACUUCCCAAACGUAUCAACGUUUCAGAGGGAAUGACUAAUGUUGAUCAUGAUGAAAGAAAAAAUAAGGGAGCAGAUAGUGAACCAAGCAAUGAUGUUUCAGAGGGAAUGACUAACACCAAUGGUCAUGAGAGUACAGAUGAGCAACCAGAGAGAGACAGUGGAGAUUUUGAGGGAACCACAGACAGCAAAGAUGAUGGUGCUGGGGAGAAUAAGGGAGCUGCAAGUAAGCAUUUAGAGAGCGAACCAUGCCCUGACGUUUCAGAGGGCAAUAUUAGCACAUCCCGUGAUAGUUAAUUGAUACCAAAAGGAAAUAUUCAGUGUUUGACGUAAUGGUGACGAUUGAUUAGAGUAUUCAACCAUGUCAUGCACUAAUAAAGGAACAUUAUGUAUGCCAUCUAUUCUAAUCAUUUCCAUUUAUAUGAACAAAUGUUAGUAAAUCAAUUUAUUACUUCUGAUUACAUGUAUAAUAUAUCAGUGGGUUGUUAUCCACAUUUUUCAAAGCAACACCAAUGUUAUACUAUUGAUUACUGUUUUCAAACCAGCAAUGAUUAUAUUAGUGGUUUAUUUUGUAAUAGCAUAUUUUUAGUUUUGGGAAUUUGUUAUAUGGAGUUUUGGGUAAAUGUUCAGCUUUGAAUGACUAUGCUUGCCUCAGAAGGCAUUUCAAAAUACUUUCUACUGCUUAAAAUAUUGAAAAUAUCUUUAGUGCCUAACCACCAGGGGUGCCCUAAUGAUUUGUAUACAUUUGAUUUUAAUAAAAUAAUAGAUAAACAGAG